CAUUCUUAUAUUUUACACGUAAAUUUUGAAAAUGUCAAAGAAACCUUUGAAGAAAUUAAUUAGCAAAUGGUCAAUUGAGGAUAAACCUGUAAAAAUUGAUAAAUGGGAUAAUACUGCAGUAAAAAAUUCCUUAGAUGAUAUGGUUAAAAAAAUCAUUUCUGAAAAAUAUGAAAUGGAAGAAUCAUUUUCGAUUGUAGACGGAAGAUUAGUUAUUUGUACUAUUGCAUGUAUUGUUUCAUUAUUUGCAUUAGUCUAUGAUUACAUUCAACCAUUCCCAAAAUCGAGAACUGUUCUCAUUAUUUGCUCACUAUCAUAUUUUUUUAUGAUGGCAGUUUUUACUCUCUACAUAAAAUAUGUUGAAAAGGAUAUAAUAUUUGUUGGCCUGAGAAAGGAUGAGUCUGGAUUUGAUAAGCCUCAAAAGUGGACUAUAAGAACAAAUCUUAAAAGAUUUGAUGACAUAUAUGAAAUUAUUUAUGAGUUUAUUGAUCCAAAUACCAAUAAAAGAUGCAAUUCAAUGUUAAAUAAAUCUGUUGCCUCAUGGAUAAAUGAAAAUGGAGUGAUUUUACCUAAAUUAUUAGAGAAAGAUCUAACAUACUUGCAUGACAAAAUCAUAACAGAUAAAAAAUUAAACUGAAUAUAUGAUCUUAAUUUAUUAUAUUUGUGUA